CCCACUGGCCCAUGUGGGAAUAGAACCGGCAGCCUUUGGAAUUAGGAGCAUGGAGCUCCAACCGCCUGAGCCACUGGGCCGGCCCGAUCUAUAUUCUUGAAAUAAGGACUUAAUCUAUUCCCUUCCCAAUUUCCUCCACCUCUGCCAUCUUGCCUGGUUUCCAGAUUUUUUCCCCUCCCUGUAAGACCUUCAGAAGUGGGGCUCUGUCCAGAAAUGCCAGUGUAUGCCCACCCUUUGGAUCUAGGCACUAAAGCAGAGAUCCCUCUUACCAGUACCGGCUCAUAACAUCUCCCCUAGGCAGAGAGUGACACUCGGUGUGGUCAGGGCAGUGACUGAGGGAAGCCCUGGGAGCCAGAGGAGCCAGCCUGGGAGUCAAGGAACACUUCCUGGAGCAAGUGACACCUGAGCUAAGCCCCAGAAGAGAGGGGUGGGGCCAGAGGGUUUUAGGUGUGGAGCUCAGGCUCCAUCUGAAUCUCCGAGCCCUGGGGCCCAUUCUGAGCCCCAGAACCUUCACCUUGGACCCUGCAGUUCCCCAGGGAGGGGGCAUGGACUCCUGGAUCCAAAUUAUAGGGACCUUUGAGGAUGGAAAUGGAUCCUCAGAGCCCCUUUCAGCUUGAGGAAGAGCGAGAGAGCCAACAGCCAAGCAGAGCAUGUGUGGGCAAGAGACAGGUGAGGUGUCGUCUGCCCUUGCCUCAGGCAGAGCCCUAGGUCCUUCUCUGUCUCAAGCUCCUGUCCCGGGGUCUGCCCAGGCCCCCGUCUCCAUUCAUUCCCAAAGUGUUUAUUGAACACUGACUGUGCCAGGCUCCAUGCCAGGUGCUGGGCAGUCCACAGGGGACCAAGCAGACAUGCUCCUUGCCCUUGUGGAACUGAAGUGUAGUAGGGGAGACAGAGGACAAAAAAGUGCACAGGUGACGAGUGUGAUGAAGUAAUGGAACUGGCCCGACAGCCCCGCCCUACUCCUUCACAGCACUUGUCACUAUUGCAAAUACGCGUUUAGUUGUUGCUUGUUAAUGUCUGUUUCUGAGACUGGACUGCAAGCUCCUGACAGCUUAUUUGUCAGAGGACAUGUUUGUCAGAUAACAUUGUCUCUCUAGGGUCUAGAAUGGCAUCCAGCAUGUGGUAAAGGCUCAGUAAAAAUUUGUUAAUGAAGGAAGGAACAAGGAAGAAAGGCGCAAAGAUGAGAAGGAAGAAAAUAGAAAACUAAGAGAAGUUGGGGAAGGGGUUACUUUACCACAUAGUCGGAGAAUGCCUCUGUGCAAUUGUGACGUCUAAGAGAAAGAACCAACCAGGAAAAGAGCCUGAGGAGAGCAUUCCAGGCAGAGGAAGCGGCAAGUACAAAGGCCAGGAGGCAUGAACCCUACUGCCGUAGUCAGCCAUCCAAUUCUGGUCAUUUCUAGAAGAAAGGGAGAGGUACAGCUAUGUAUCAAUCCCCUCCCUUCUUGUACCCAAGGAUAAAUCAGAUCAUUUUCUGUUCUUGGGGAGUUUCUAAGUUACUGGAGAGGUGGCCUGGUCCCAGACAAGGACUGUAGAAUGUUCUCAGAACUGUAUCAGAAAAGUCAGAGAAGGCUUUCCUGAAGAAGUGACAUGGGCUGGGCACUGAAGGUGAGUAGGAGUUGGCCAUUUGGGGGUCCAGGAGGCCCUUAUGCAGAAGGCACAACUCACGCAGCAGUUUGGGGCACACAAAUAUAUGGGCUGAAAAGAGCAAGGGAGCGGGAAGGAAACGGAAGGAAACUCCAGAUUCCAAUGCAGGAGCGAGGGAAAGGUGGGCUAUGUGGAGGGUUUCUGAGCAGCUAAGUGACGAUGUCAGUGUUUGGAAAUGAUCCCUGUGGAUUAGUCAGAACCAAGGGGCUAGCUUCGUCAGGCCCGUAGGUCAGGUAGGCAUUUUUAGGGGGUGAAAGAAGUGAUUUUGAGCUUGCGGCACUGGGGACGGGGUAGGGACUGAGGCCCAGGAAGGAGUGCUCCUGAACUUGAAAGGGUCCACCUCCCCAGGACCAGCCUUCGGCCUUGAUGUGACCUGAUUCAGCUAAACAAAGCUGGAGAGGGGGGACCAAGGCCUGGGGGAUUUGUCAGCUCACUGCCCCUGAGGUAACCAUUAAUCCCUCCCCUGGGAGAAUCCAGAGAUUGUUCCCUUGAGGGGCAGUUCCUGGACAGAAUGGAGGAACACACAGAGGCAGGAUUGGCACCCGGGCUGGGGAGUCAGAGCGUCCUGAUCGACAACCCUGCCGACAUACUGGUCAUUGCUGCUUAUUUCCUGCUGGUCAUCGGUGUUGGCUUGUGGUCCAUGUACAGAACCAACAGAGGCACUGUAGGUGGCUACUUCCUGGCUGGACGGAGCAUGGUGUGGUGGCCGGUCGGAGCCUCUCUCUUUGCCAGCAACAUUGGCAGUGGCCACUUCGUGGGCCUGGCAGGGACUGGCGCUGCAAGCGGCUUGGCUGUGGCUGGAUUUGAAUGGAACGCGCUGUUUGUGGUACUGCUACUCGGGUGGCUCUUCGCGCCGGUGUACCUGACCGCGGGCGUCAUUACGAUGCCGCAGUACCUGCGCAAGCGCUUCGGCGGCCAACGUAUUCGCCUCUACCUGUCCGUGCUCUCGCUUUUUCUGUACAUCUUCACCAAGAUUUCGGUGGACAUGUUCUCCGGGGCGGUAUUCAUUCAACAGGCUCUGGGCUGGAACAUCUACGCCUCUGUCAUUGCGCUGCUGGGCAUCACCAUGAUCUACACGGUGACAGGAGGGCUGGCAGCGCUGAUGUAUACGGAUACCGUGCAGACCUUCGUCAUUCUCGGGGGGGCCUUCAUCCUCAUGGGUUACGCUUUCCACGAGGUGGGCGGGUAUUCGGGGCUUUUCGACAAAUACUUGGGGGCAAUGACGUCGCUGACGGUGUCCGAGGAUCCUGCCGUGGGCAACAUCUCCAGCAUCUGUUAUCGACCCCGGCCCGACUCCUACCAUCUGCUCCGGGACCCUGUGACAGGCGACCUGCCGUGGCCUGCGCUGCUCCUGGGGCUUACCAUCGUCUCAGGCUGGUACUGGUGCAGCGACCAGGUCAUUGUGCAGCGCUGCCUGGCGGGGAAGAACCUGACCCACAUCAAGGCGGGCUGCAUCCUGUGCGGCUACUUGAAGCUGCUGCCCAUGUUCCUCAUGGUCAUGCCGGGAAUGAUCAGCCGCAUCCUGUACCCGGACGAGGUGGCGUGUGUAGUGCCGGAGGUGUGCAAGCGCGUGUGCGGCACAGAGGUGGGCUGCUCCAACAUCGCCUACCCGCGGCUCGUCGUGAAGCUCAUGCCCAACGGUCUGCGCGGACUCAUGCUGGCGGUCAUGCUGGCCGCGCUCAUGUCCUCGCUGGCGUCCAUCUUUAACAGCAGCAGCACACUCUUCACCAUGGACAUCUACACGCGCCUGCGGCCCCGCGCAGGCGACCGCGAGCUGCUGCUCGUAGGACGGCUCUGGGUGGUGUUCAUCGUGGCCGUGUCGGUGGCCUGGCUGCCCGUGGUGCAGGCGGCGCAGGGCGGGCAGCUUUUUGACUACAUCCAGGCCAUCUCCAGCUACUUGGCACCGCCCGUGUCCGCGGUCUUCGUGCUGGCGCUCUUCGUGCCCCGGGUCAAUGAGAAGGGCGCCUUCUGGGGACUGAUCGGCGGCCUGCUGAUGGGUCUGGCGCGCCUCAUUCCCGAGUUCUCCUUUGGGUCUGGCAGCUGCGUCAGGCCCUCCGCGUGCCCUGCGCUCCUGUGCCGCGUGCAUUACCUCUACUUCGCCAUCGUGCUGUUCGUCUGCUCUGGCCUCCUCACCCUGGUGGUCUCCCUGUGCACAGCGCCCAUCCCGCGCAAGCACCUCCAUCGCCUGGUGUUCAGUCUCCGGCACAGCAAGGAGGAGCGGGAGGACCUGGACGCUGACGGGCAGGAAGGCCCCACCUCGGCGCCCGUCCAGAACGGGCGCCCUGAACUGGCAGUGGACAUGGAGGAGGCCCAGUCCCGGGUACCAGGCCAGCUCCGCCAGUGCCUGCUGUGGUUCUGCGGAAUGACCAGCAGGAGGGAGGGCAGGGUCCCACUGCCCACCCCGGAGGAGGCAGCGGCCAACGCCCAGCGGCUGGAGGACAUCAGCGAGCACCCGCGUUGGGCCCGUGUAGUCAACCUGAACGCGCUGCUUAUGAUGGCUGUGGCCACGUUCCUCUGGGGCUUUUACGCCUGAGGCUGACCGUGAGGGACGCCGCGGGCCCAGCCAGGCAGGGUCAACCUCGCAAGUGCGGGUGGGAGGAGGGAGGCCCUGGUGCUCCUCCCUGCCUGGUCUCUCCCGGGCACCCAGCCCAUGUGCCUGGCAGUUACUUCCUAUGCG